CGAGCGCCACCUGGAGGAAACACACGCCUCUGCGUCUCAUAGGAAACUGUUAUUCAACAUUCGCGGCUCAAUGGUGCGCCCUCCGUGUGUUUAUUCAAUCAUCUGGCGUUUCUGAGUAGUUCAGCGAUGGAGGUGAACCGGGAUGAAGCGGAGCGAUGCAUCGAGAUCGCGAUCGGAGCGCUGGAGGACGCACAGCCGGAGAAAGCGCGCAGGUUCCUGGAGAAAGCGCAGCGGCUUUUCCCGACGCGGAGAGCGCGGGAGCUGCUGGUGUCUCUGGAGCAGAGCAGCGCCGCAGGAGCCGCUGAUGGCACAGAAGCUCGUCAGCGCAGGUCUGAGGUCAGCAGUAACGGCGCGGCACCUGCCGACUCCAGUAAACCCUACACACCUGAGCAGGCCGAGGCUGUCAGAAGAAUCAAGCAGUGCAAGAACUACUAUGAGAUUCUUGGCGUGCAGAAAGAUGCUUCUGAAGACGACCUUAAGAAAGCCUACAGAAAACUGGCGUUAAAGUUUCACCCUGAUAAGAACCACGCUCCGGGAGCCACGGAGGCAUUUAAAGCCAUAGGAAACGCAUAUGCAGUUCUGUCUAAUGUGGAAAAGAGACGUCAGUACGAUCAGUUGAGCUCGGCCCGAUCCAGCCAGACCAACGACACACACUUCGAGGCCGAUAUUUCACCUGAAGAUCUCUUCAACAUGUUCUUCGGAGGAGGAUUCCCUUCUAGUAAUGUUCACAUGUACAGUAAUGGACGGAUGCGCUUUAAUCAGAAUCAUGGCGAGAGAAGAGAACACAGAGGGGGAGGUCUCUCUCUUCUCAUGCAGUUGAUGCCCAUCCUCAUCCUCGUCAUCGUAUCAGCGCUCAGUCAGAUGAUGGUGACCAACCCACCCUACAGCCUCAGCUUCAGACCGUCAGCGGGUCACACACACAAGCGCGUGACGGAGAAUCUGGCCGUGACGUUUUACGUGAACGAGCGUUUCUCUCAGGACUACAGCGGUGCGAGUCUGAAACGGGUGGAGAGCAGCGUGGAGGACGACUACAUCUCCAACCUCAGGAACAACUGCUGGAAAGAGAAACAACAGAAGGAGGGUCUGCUGUACCGUGCGCGGUAUUUCGGGGACAGUGAUCUGUACCAGCGGGCUCAGCGGAUGGGAACCCCGAGCUGCUCUCGGCUGUCUGAGGUUCAGGCGUCUUUACACGGAUAGAUGAAGCUUCACUGCACUACCUGGUUCCAAAAACAAUCUCUCCAGUCUGGAAUAUGGAAGAACGCCAUACGGAUUAUAAAUACAU